CAGUCUUCGAAUUAGCCUAUAAGCCCGAAGCCCGAGUCGAUUUUUUGGCCGGUCGGUCGAUCAUAAAUGCAUAUAAAAUAGCCCGACCGGUCGAUUAAAUUUUUGAGCGUAAAAUUGUAAACAUAGUGAAAUAAUUACAUGAACACCGGUCAGUCACUUCGGGUUAAAGGCGUAUCGGUCAAUGGAAGUAGUCGGUACAAAUCGUUAGCCAAUAAACACGUCCGUGUUCCACUCUUACGGGACUCCGGAGAUGGACGUAGUGUUACGAUUGGUCCGUUUGUUCAAAGCGGACAUCGACGUAUGAUGACUCAUUAAAAAAAAAUCCUUGCGUUAAAAUCGCGCUCAAGAUGGCGUUCAGCCAACUUCGAUACCAGAUACUUGUUUUAUUUAUAGAUAUCCAUUCCAAGACAGGCAGAAGCUGACUUGGGUCACUGUAAUGGGCAGCAUGGCGGAUCAGCAACUAUAUGCAGUGUUCACACUGAUUGACAUUACUCUGGCCCUGCCCCCCACCUCUGUCAAGUGCGAGACAUCAUUCUCCGCCAUGAAGCUCCUCAAGAACAAGCGAAGGGGCCGUCUCCGUGCUGGACGCCUCAACGAUGUGAUGAUGGUGAAGCUCACGUCUCCAUCCAUCAAUGAAUUUGACCCAGACCUUGCGAUCAAGCACUGUAUGACUUCAACACCCAGUGGACAACCCCGCAGAAUCAAGAGAGAAGCCCCAGGAUCCCAAGGGGACUGUAUCGUGGUGUCAGAAGAGGACGAAAAAGAUGUUGCCAGCAACAAGGUGCCAGAGAACUCAGAAUAUGAAGAUGAUGAUGAUGAUGAUGACGAUGAAGAUAUGGAGAUGUCGGCGGAGCAUGCCUUUUCUGUUGUUUUGAAAAAUGAAUAAUAAAUGUUGUAAAUGGGA